AUUGGAAGUUAAAAAAAAUAAAAAACCUAGUUUCCCAGAAAAAAAAAGGAACAAAGUUUCCUUUUUUCUAUUUGGAUUUUUUUUUUUUUUUUCAGAUGUCUUUAAGGUAUCUUUUUGGGGCCUGUGCUGCGCUUUCGUUCCAUCAAGUUCAAUGUCUCCGUCCACCGUAUGAAAUUUUUCUAUAAUUUCUUCACCUCCCAUUAAUCAUAAUUCUACGUUUUAUACUAUUUCAUUUAUUAUUUUGGUUUUAUUAGAAUUAGCAUUAAAACAUUUACAAUUUUGAUGAGAUUUCCCCUGGCUUUUCUCCAUAGCCACAGAAGGGUUUGAUAGACUUCCAGAUUAAACUUCUACUAUAAUUUGGUAUUGGAGAUCGGUGUUGUUUGUGGAAUUGGGUCGGUGAUAUUAGAUUUAAAGGUCAUCUCGGUUAGCCACCGUCAUGGAAUUGGGCAUAUUUAGUAAAUCCUUGGUGGAUUGGGUGAUCCGGUGAUCGGCAUAUCGGCUGGAGUGGUUUGUUCUGCAAAAAGGUGAGGGAUUUGCUUGAUUUGCUGAAUUGAACUUUCUGGAGUCCAUGGAGAAGUUCUCACGGAGAUAAACUUUAAUGGAGACAGAAAACAUUCCAAACAGCCUGGGACUACCAAGUCAAGAAACCAUUUCACGAGAUAUGCCCAUCGACUUCAGAGGAGAUACAGAGAAUAAUGCAGUAAAUUCUGGUUCUUCUAUGGAGGCUAUUGUGACUCCGCCCAUGCAAUUGAAUGUUGAUUCUGGUGUAUCUGAUGAAGUGAGGGUGAGGCGAUCCCUUAGGCGCAGGACUGGCAUAUAUUAUGGUAUAUUCGAUAUGAGCUCAGAAGAAGAAUCGGAGUGUGAACGGUCUGUCAAGGAUCACUCUUCAAAACUUCCCCGCCAAAAUGAAAAUGUAUCUGGAAGCCCGAGCAGCUCUAAAUAUGAAAAGCCAACUUCCAAGUGGCAUCAAAAAGAAGCAUGUAGACCUAUCAUUGAUGAAGCUCCGACAUUCUAUCCAAGUGAGGAGGAGUUCAAAGAUACACUUGGGUACAUUGCAAGAAUACGACCGAAAGCAGAACAAUAUGGUAUAUGCCGCAUUAUACCACCCCCUUCUUGGGCAAUGCCUUGCCCGCUUCAAGAGAAGAGCUUUUGGGAACAUGCAAAGUUUACUACACGAGUACAACAAGUGGACAAGCUUCAAAAUAGAGAGCCAACCAAAAAAAGAUCUCGGAACCGUUGCCACAAGAGACGAAAGAGAAGAAAGCGGUUGAGAUUUGGAAUGACUCGUAGGCGCAAUAUCUCUAAUGGUUAUGAAGCCAGUGACUGUAUUGGCUCAGAUACAGAUGAAAAAUUUGGUUUUCAAUCUGGUUCAGACUUCACUCUUGAAACCUUCCAGAUGUAUGCUGAUGAAUUCAAAAGGCAUUACUUUGGGAUGAAGGAUGCUAAUGAAAAUGUGAUUUCGGGUAGUGAGGACCAUGAGAAGAGGUGGCAACCCUCAGUCGAGGAAAUUGAAGGAGAAUAUUGGCGGAUAGUUGAGGAACCAACUGAUGAAGUUGAGGUGCAUUAUGGUGCUGAUUUGGAUACUGGCACAUUUGGCAGUGGAUUUCCUAAAGCACCAUCUUCAGCUAAAAAUGACUCAGAUCCAUGUGUGCUGUCAGGUUGGAACCUAAAUAAUUUGCCACGACUUCCUGGUUCUGUUCUCUCAUUUGAAAGAGAAGAUAUCUCUGGGGUACUAGUACCGUGGCUUUAUGUAGGGAUGUGCUUUUCAUCAUUUUGUUGGCAUGUGGAAGACCAUCACCUUUACUCUCUGAACUAUAUGCAUUUUGGUGAUCCCAAAGUAUGGUAUGGAGUUCCUGGCAGCGAGGCUGUGAAAUUGGAGGAUGCAAUGAGAAAGCAUUUACCUAAGUUGUUUGAAGAACAACCUGAUCUGCUUCAUGAAUUGGUUACACAAUUGUCUCCUUCAGUCCUUAAAUCCGAGGGAGUGCCUGUUUACCGUGCCAUUCAGAAAUCUGGAGAGCUUGUUCUUACAUUUCCAAGAGCUUAUCAUUCUGGCUUCAAUUGUGGCUUCAAUUGUGCAGAGGCAGUAAAUGUUGCUCCUGUGGACUGGCUGCCACAUGGGCAAUGUGCUGUCGAACUCUACAGUGAGCAACGUCGUAAAACAUCCUUAUCCCAUGACAAGUUACUACUUGCUGCUGCACAGGAAGCUGUCAGAGAGCUUUGGCAGCAGUCUGUAUUGCAGAGGAAUGACCUGGGAAUCUUAAGAUGGCAAAGUGUUUGUGGAAAAGAUGGAGUACUUACUGAAGCUAUUAAGGUGAGAGUUGGGAUGGAACAGAAAAGAAGAGAAUCUGUUUGUAGUAUAUCAAAAUCCAGAAAAAUGGACAAGGACUUUGACUCGUCGAGUGAGAGGGAAUGCUGCUUAUGCUUUUAUGACCUGCAUCUAUCAGCUGCUGGUUGUGAGUGUUCUCCAAAUCGUUUCACAUGUUUAAACCAUGCAAAAUUGGCAUGCUCUUGUGAAUCUAGCAGAAAAUAUUUACUCUUUCGGUAUGACUUGGAUGGAUUAAACACCCUAGUUAAAGCCCUAGAGGGGGAUUUAAGGGCAGUACAAUGCUGGGGAUUAGAGAACCUGGGGUUGGCUUUACCUCCCCGUAUGGCAUUGUUGAAGAAAUCAAAGUGCUCCUCGGAAAAAAAUAUUUUGGAGCCGAAAAGGAUGUUAAUUGAUGUUAACAUCACAGAUGCUGAAGUUGAAAAUCAAGAUUAUGAGAAUCAGGUAAAAGAUGAUGUUUGUCUUGAGCCAAACACAAGGAAUCCCAUUUCUUCUGAAGAAACAAAAGGAUUCCUUAAUAUGAAUAUGACAUGCAAAUCUGACUCAAAAAAAUAUUCAGGGACUAGUUUAAAAAGGGAAUGUGAAAGUGGUAAUGUUGAAUGUAUACCCUCUCUUACAAAAUCGGAAGUGAUUGGUAUAGAGCAUCAUGAAGUUGGAUGUCAGGUAUCAUCAGCAGCCAAAACCAAUGUUCUACUUGGCAGAAGUAAAUGUGAAGGCGGAGACAGGUGCUGUCCUGAUCUCAACGUGGCACAACAAUCUACAGAUCCUAAGGUUAAGUUUCUAGAAUAUCUUGAUUGUUCCAUUGGGGAGACAGAGAAAUUCUGGAGUCCUGAUAUAUUUAGACAGGACCUUUCCUCAAAUUCUGUAUUGAUGCGUGUUAAUGAUCAUAGUAUGAAUAAAACCAAGGAGUAUGAGCCUUUGAAAAUGACCAGUGCUCUCAUCAGAACAAGUUCUGAAUGUGGAUCCUUGAAGUCCCUUAAUAAUUCUGCUGAGUUGGCAUCUUCAUGUGGCAUUCCCAUCAGAAAUUUUAGUGAACCAUCAUGUUCAAGAGGUUCUGAAUAUUCUCGUAAAUCAAGUCCAAAGCUGUUUGGUAUUGACCUUCAACAUCAUCUGCAUUGUUCAUCCACUCCUUCAGAUGGUCGAGGCAGUCAAGCCAUUGAGCAUGGUACAGUCCAAUCUAGUGCAGUCAAUCAAUGUGAUCAAAAGGCUCUCAAGGUCUUAGAGUAUCAUGUUGAACCUCUUAAUUUUGGAACCGUGGUGCCUGGAAAGAAAUGGUGCAGUAGGCAAGCCAUAUUCCCAAAAGGAUUCAGAAGUCGUGUCAAAUUUAUCAAUGUAGUUGAUCCCACGACAGCAUGUACCUACAUCUCAGAAGUGUUGGAUGCUGGACUUCUGGGGCCAUUAUUUAAGGUGACGGUAGAAGAAAAUCUGGAAGCAUCCUUUAUGCAUGCUUCUGCUACACAGUGUUGGGAAAUGGUGCGAGAGAAAUUGAAUCAAGAGAUCAUUAGACAACGUGAUCUUGGGAAGCAAGGUCUUCCCCCAUUGCAAACCCCAGAAUCUAUGGAUGGACUCAAAAUGUUUGGGUUCUUAUCCCCAUCUAUCAUUCAGGUUAUCGAGGCUCUUGAUCCUUAUCAUCAUUGCUUAGAGUAUUGGGCAUCAAGGUCCAACGCCUCUUCUCCAUCCGAGGUGAUCAAUGUCAAAGAUGAACCUUUAGAGCUCUCUAAGUCAAGCACUCAUAUUGCUGCCAGUGGUCACAUGGCUAAUGUAAAGAAGUUGUUUGGUGUGAAUUUAAUGGGGAAGAAGCAGGAUGAAUCAAUUGUUGACAACCAUGCAUCAGAAGAGGAGGUUCGACACAUACUUGGUGGAUUGUUGAAGAAGGCAAACCUUGAAGAAUUAACAAUGAUGCACAAAAUAUUCUGCAGUGGGUCAGAGAGCAGCAUCUGGAGAGCAGCAUUCAGUUCUCUGCUAGAUGAGAUCCAGAAUGUACAUAAAAGACAAUAGAGAAGAAACUCAAGCAAUUGCUUCAAUUCCUGGGUGAUGUGCUGCUAUGGAGAACAGCUGGAACUACAUGACAUAGUGAUGGAGCUACUAUUCUUUCUUCAAAAAGUAACACCUUUAAAUUUCAUUUAUUUGCAACACUAUUUGGUGAUUCUUUCCAAAUUCCAUGCAGAGCAUGGUGGAUUCUUGCACGCCUAAUCUGACGGUCCUAGAUCAUGUUUCCAUAAAACCAUUUGUCUCCAAGCACAACCUCAUUAUGCGAGCCAUUGUACAAAGAUGCUUUAAGUAUAGAUUCAAGAAAAAAUUUUGAAAACUUUAGAAUAUAAUGAUUUCUUUCUUUGCCUC